UGUCCACAAACAUUUGACGACGAAAACAACAAAAACAAUUGUUUAUUAAAGAAAAGAGCCCCUCAAUGCUCUGCUGCUCUUAGCCGUUUUGUUAGAUUUGUUUCUGCACCUUUAGUUGAGGCUAUGCUUUUUUGCAAUCCUUCCCCUAUUAAUGAAGGGACGGAGGAGAAAAUUUUGCCCUCUGUUCUACAAUUAAAUACAAAACAAUGUUCGUCAACCAAUUCAAAUGAACAUAAACAACAACAAACACGUUGGAGUUGCACACAAACAGCAAAAAUGUGUAAAGCCCAACCUCGUUGCAACCACUACAUAAACAAUUUAUUAACUUAUUGCCCAACAUCCAACACAACAUCUCCCUAUGCCUCACCAUCUUGUCUGUUACCAGAUAACCCCACUUCUCUACGUAGAUGUCGUUUAGCAUUAACCAAAUCUAGAGGAACAUGGCUCGACGAACCUUGUUUUUGUAAAUCUAAUGGAGGGGGUGAUUUUAAAGAAUGUAAAAAAUGGGAGAUGACACUUUGGCCUAAGCACCCUUGUAUUGAAAAAGUAGCAACAGAUUUCAACCAACUUUAUAUUGACGGAUAUAUAAAACUUGACCAUAAAAGAAGGAGCAAAAUAAAUAAUAAUAAUAUUAGUUUACCCAAAAAACAAAUAACAAAAAAUAUGGAAUUUGGAAGUAUUGAAAGGCGGGUGUUUUUACUUGAAGAGGAUAAGGGUGGGAAGAGUUUGGAUAAGGAAGAGAAUAUUUUUAAAGAGAAAAUCAAUCGAAAAACAAUCGAAAAAUCAGCCGAAAAAUCAGACGAAAAUUUUGAAAAUAAUGAAAAGGAAGGAGGGGAAAAGGAGAACACUCAAUGGAGUUUAAUGACAACAAAGACAGCAACACCCCCACCAAAGGAUGAGUCCGAGAUUGAUAAUAAAAAUAAAAACAAGCAAUUAUUAAGCUAUUAUUUGGAUAAAAAAGAAGAAAAUGAAACAAACAAUAAUAUUGAUAAAGUUGAAUUUAUUAAAAAACGUAAACGGCCGAUUGGGAGAAAAAUAUUUCCUAAUAAAAAUGGAUAUAAUAAUGGCUCGUUUAUUGAUGUGAAUGAGUUUCCAACACCGAAAAUUACAAAUGAAGGACGGGGUUGUCGAACUAGAAACAUCGAUGGAGAAUGGGUAGAACAUUAUACCGAUUCAAUCUUUCGACAAUAUCAUGAUUGGUCAGGCCGUUGUUCAAGUUGGUGUGAAUGUGUGGUUAAAGGGAAGGAAGCUGGAAAAUCUGAAAAUGCUAGUUCUCACACAAUACGGUGUCAUUCUCUCGGAUGUUUACAAGACCUCCAGUGUGAAACAAAACAUACAACAACAGUAUUUGGUCAACGACUUUACCUGGAAAAUCGAGGAGCCUGUCAAUGUCAUAAUGGACAAUUUAUUUGUGAUAGUUCAGAAUUGCAGCCUGAAUUACAACCUGGAAUAUAUUUGAGUUUGGGGUAUUCACAGGCAGAAAUAGAUAUUAUUAGAGAGAAGGUGCCUAAAUUGGCUUUGGAACGAAGCGGCCUUAUUAGCCAUAGCAAUUCACUUAUCAAAGACUUAGCCACAAGACUUCAAUUUGCUCUAGAGAGGUUAUUACCUGGGGGAGUAAAAUGUAGAUUUGUGGUUGUUGAACAUUUUAAAUCUGAGCAGGUUGUUUUAAUGCAAAUCCAAUGGUUUGGUAUUGACCAUUCUGCAAAUCAGACUCAACCAAAAUGGCAAAGUGGAAAGAUGGAGAAGAUGUUCAAGACUCUUGAUCUUGGAUCCAUGAAUUUCUUUUGGUGUUUUAUGUAUCGGGGUUGGGAUAAGAACAUAGUUUCGUGUUAG